AUGGAAGGAUCCAACCUGUGGGCCCCAGAGAAAUCCGAGGAGCCCUCUAGAGAAAUUUCAGCUGAAGUUCGAGGUGGAAAUCAGGGAAUCUGCACAGAGAAGCUGACAUCGGAUGAGGAUUCUGAGAGCUCCAGAAUAGCAGCACAGCAUAGACGCAUUACCGGCAUCUCCUUGAAUAAGCUUAACAGCCUGACUGAGACAAGGGGGCCUCUGGGGGCCGAGGCAUCUUACUGUGACCUGCAGCAACCUUCCCCCUACCCCAACGACACCCUCUGCAUCUUGGUCCCCAGCUGUGAGUUGGUGGUGGCCGCUGGUCGUGGGCAAAGGCCUGAGAGUCUUGGGGUUCCAGUGGAGUGGCCCCUAGCAGAGAGCCUCAAAGCCCAACCUUGGGGCCAAGAGAUCGGGAACGGGGUGCCCUAUCUAGAGAGCCUGACUUGCACACACUUCAGAAGCUGUUCAGAGGACAGCGGAGCCUUCGCCAUCAUCAGACCUGACUGCACCCCAGGCCGCCACUAUCCUGAUGAUACCAGCACCCCGGACACUGUGGACUUGGAUGCUGUCGACUGGCCUGAUAAGCCCUUGGGCUUCGACGAGCUCCCCAUGAUGUUCUCCAGACAUCAGGAACGCCCACAAGCUGACGGUCCCCGAAGGGCUCCAUCCUCAGUUUCUAGGUCAUCAGCCACAGAUCCUAGUCCUGGGAACCAGAGUUCUAGAGAGAGCCGGGCUAAGUCUCGUGGGGAGAGUAGUUACUUCUGCUUGGAAAGGAACAAGUUGGAUCCAGCCCAGACCUCCCAAAGUCUACAAAGUGGACUUAGAAGCACAACACGGAACCCUGGUCCUACAAAACCCACACACCAUGACACACACCCGGCCUCAUCUUCCCACCGAUCCACCCAAAGGGACACCACCAGGGCCUCAUCUCCCCACCGAUCCACCCAAAGGGACACCACCAGGGCCUCGUCUCCCUAUAGAUCAACCCAAAGGGACAACACCAGGGCCUCGUCUCCCCACCGAUCCACCCAAAGGGACACCACCAGGGCCUCAUCUCCCCAUAGAUCCACCCAAAGGGACACCACCAGGGCCUCAUCUCCCCACCGAUCCACCCAAAGGGACACCACCAGAGCUUCUUCUCCCCAUCGAUCUACACAAAGGGACACCACCAGAGCUUCUUCUCCCCAUCGAUCUACACAAAGGGACACUAUCCAAUGCUCUGCUACCCAACGGGACAACCCUAGAACUUGUUCUACCCAACGAGACAACCCUGGGACUUCUCCUCCUGCCAGGCCCACCCCAAAGGACAAUCCUCGGGGCUCUUCCAGCCAACGGGACAACCCUAGAACCUGUUCUACCCAACGAGACAACCCUGGAACUUCUUCUCCUGCCAGGCUCACCUCAAAGGACAAUCCUCGGGGCUCUUCCACCCAACGGGAUAGCCCUGGGCCUUCCUCUCCCACACGAUCCAGCCAACGUAGCAACCCCCGGACCUCUUCUCCCCACCGCACUAACCGUGACAUUCCUUGGGCCUCCUUCCCCCUCCGCCCGGUCCAAAGUGAUGGAGCUCGGGCUUCUUCUCCAACCCGCUCUAAACAAAGCGAGGUCCCCUGGGCCUCUUUUCCUCUCCGGCCAGUCCAAGGUGACAAUUCCCGGACCUCUUCUCCCACUCGCUCAUCUCAAAUUUCUUCUAAAACCAGCCAACGUGAUAUCCCAACUCGGGGCUCCAUUUGCCACAGUGGCCCUCGGAGCUCCACCCCACCUCUCUCAUCCACACGUACCUCCCAGGUCUCUUCUCUCUCACGAUCUACCUCUCUUGACUCUCCUCAGCCUUCUUCAAGUGUGUGCAUUGGGCACCGAGAUGCACCGCGUGCAUCAUCACCUCCCCGAUUCUCUCAGCAUGACCCAUUUUCAUUCUUUCCUGACCCCCAAGAUGAUGAGAGCCAAUCCCCCCAUCACGAUCCCCCAUAUAUCCCUCCAGCUGUCUGCAUUGGGCACCGGGAUGCCCCUCGGGCCUCCUCGCCCCCUCGCCACUCCCAACAUGACCCCUUUCCUUUCCUCCCAAAUACCUCAGACACAGAGAGCCAAUCUCCUCAACAUGACCCUCCCCAGAUGCCACCACCUGUGUGCAUUGGACACCGAGAUGCCCCCCGGGCCUCUUCUCCCCCACGCCAGUCCCAACAAGAAUCUUCCCUCCUCUACCAAGACCCCCCUGGAGCUAGCUCUGAGAGCUUGGCUCCCUCCACAAGCUCCAUGCAUGAUCCCCCCCACAUACCACCUCCUGUCUGCAUUGGGCACCGGGAUGCCCCUCCCUUCUCUUCUCCCCCACGCCAUGCCUACCAUGACCCUUCCCUCCUCAACCAGGACCCUCCAGGUGCCAGCUCUGAGAGCCUUGCUCCCUCCAUGGAUUGCCUCCAUGGACAUGAUACCUUGCAACCAACCCUCCAUGUGUGCAUUGGGCACCGAGAUGCCCCACGUGCCUCCUCUCCACCUCGCCAUUGGGACCCUCCAGGAGUUGCUAGGUGUUCCAUCCCCCCACCAGGACCCUCUGGUUGUAAGGGGUCUGGCACCGGGGAUGGAAGACAUAACCUGGAACGAGAGGAGUACACAAUGUUGGCUGAUCUCCCCCAACCCAAGAGGCUGAACCAGAAAGAGGCCAUGGGCAAGCAGAGCGGCAACGCCAGUGACCGCUCCCGCAGCCCUGGACGAUCUGAGGUGGAUCGAAUCUUUGGGAAUGAGCGCAGGUGA